AUGAAAAAGUUGGGGCACUUGCAAGGUCAAUUAGGAAGAUGGAAUAGUGAAGUGUUUGGUAAUGUGGAUGAAAAUUUGAAAAAAGCUGAGGAUGAAUUGCAUGAGUGGGACCUAAAGGCUGAGUCCAGAGAAUUGCAGGAGUUUGAGAAAAGUUGCAGAAGAGAGGUGCUAAGUUCAGUUUGGGACCUGAAGAGAAAAAAAGAAAACAUGUGGCAGCAAAAAUCCAAGUUGCUUUGGGCUGAAAAUGGUGAUAAGAAUUCAAGGUUUUUUCACAUGGUGGCUAGCAGAAGACAGAGGAAAAAUUUACUUGAUUCUGUGGCAGUAAAUGGGUCUUUGGUGGUUCAGCUAGACUUGGUUAACCAGGUAGUGGUGGAUUUUUUCAAGAAGUUGUUUUCAGAGGAGUGGGAGAGUAGGCCUACAUUAGUUGGUAUAAGUACUAAAAUAAGUGAAAAAGCAGUAGCUAUGUUGGAAUCUAAAUUUACAGAGGAAGAAAUCUGGGUUGCUGUGAAAGAAUGUGAUGGGAAUAAGGCUCCUGGGCCGAACGGGUUCAAUCUAGCUUGUUUCCAAAGGUGA